AUGUCGGUGCUCUCAGUACCUAUCAGCAAUGGCAACGAGGAAACUUUCAUCUCGACCAACCUUGACCCGGAACGAGUACAAGGACCAUGGCAAAACAACGUUUUACUCGAUGGCUUGGGAAGCCAGUGGGGAGGCGCCGGCGCAUCUUGUGACUCGGGACUUUUGUACCAGCCGUCGUUCGAUGUAUCGAGUGCAAAUAGCAAUGCAAGCAUAUCACCUGCCACUGUUCGAGCCACCCCUAUCGAACCUCCAACGCAAUCGCAUCGGUAUUCCGCAGAGAUGGCUCCGUUGGGCCGAGGUCGCGGAGAAGGGCCGUUCGAUGUUGACGACCGCCGCCGACUUCCCAGCGAUGUCCCAUUGCCACUUACGCAAAGUCGCAGCGGACGCAGUAGAAGCACAGUCAGAUCCAGCGUGCCUUCUCGCCGGGAUGCAAGCACGACUGGUCGGGGUCGUAUCAUUGCAUGCACAGUUUGUGGAGGCUCGUUUCGGACAUCUAAAGAUCUGGAACGACAUGCCAAGAAGCGGUUUCACCGGCAAUAUAUCUGCCCUGUGCAAGGAUGCACGAAGAGCUACUAUCGGAGGGACUCCUUCGUGAGGCAUAAGACAGCACACAAACAGCUUGCGAUGCAUGAAUGCUCAUAUUGCGCUCGGCUUGGCGUAGAAAAACACUUCAUUCGUAAAGACCACUUAUCGGCGCACAUAUGGAACGUUCAUGCUCCUCCAGACUUAGAGAUACCCAGCAUCGACUCCAUGGAGACGAUUCAUGGUGAAGACAGUCCACGAUUCUUGUGGGAAGCACAGUCUCGGUGCAGCUCCCCUUUCGAGUUCACCAUUGAUGACAACGACUUCAUGCUGCAUGAUGGGCUCCUGAGCGGUUUUACGCCUCCGCAGAUAGCCAUCGGAGCCGCUCAAAGCUCCUCGGCAACAAGCAAAGACUGCAGCGCUUGUCAGAAACGCGCGAUCAGCGAGCUGGAAAAGGCACUCGCCGCAAUUGUCGGCCCCGUCGAUACUUUUGUGCUGACCGAGCGUCUGGGACUGCAUCAUAACACAACCACGGAGAAGGUGGCAAGGACGUUGCGCAAGCUGCUGAUUGAACCGUGA